UUAACUUGUUCACAAAACAUUCUCUUCUAGCUACCAAAAAAUAUGAAACAUCUUAUUACUGUUUGUAUCAUAAUCUUUUGGGUAUGUGCAUACCCAACCAUGUCUCAAAAGCUGCAUGAAGCACAUCAACAAUGGAUGAUGAAAUAUGAACGCACAUACACAAACAGUUCUGAGAUGGAGAAACGUUUUCAGAUAUUUAAGAAUAAUUUAGAACACAUAGAGAAACAUAACAAUGCUGGUAACAAGAGUUAUAAACUUGGCUUAAAUCCAUAUUCCGAUUUAACUAGCCAAGAGUUUAUUGCUUCAUACACUGGACUCAAAAUAUCAAGUCAAAUUUCUUCUUCCAAAAUGGAGUCAAUUCCAAUACUCUUCAACUCAAACGAUGAUGUUCCAACCAACUUUGAUUGGAGACAGCAAGGAGUGGUCACAAAUGUUAAGAAUCAAAACAGUUGUGGAUGUUGUUGGGCUUUUACAGCUGUGGCAGCUGUAGAAGGUAUUGUUAAAAUCAAAACAGGUGAUUUGAUUUCAUUGUCAGAGCAACAACUGGUUGAUUGUGAUAAGCAAAGCCACGGGUGUAAAGGUGGUACUAUUGACUCCGCAUUUGAAUCUAUAGUAAACGAUCAAGGUAUUCUUAGAGAAACUGAUUAUCCAUACAAAGGAGUUGAUACUCAAACUUGCCAACUAAAUGGUCAAAUACAAGCCGGAGCUCAAAUAAAUAGUUAUGCAACCGUAACUCCCAAUGAUGAACAACAACUACUACAAGCUGUGGCGCAACAGCCAGUAUCAGCUGCAAUCUCUGUAGGUGAUGAAUUUAAGAAAUACAUGCACGGGGUUUAUUCAGGAUCAUGUGGAACCGAUUUGAACCAUGCAGUUACAAUAGUUGGUUAUGGAAUAAGUGAAGAAGGGAUCAAGUAUUGGUUGGUUAAGAACUCUUGGGGUGAAAACUGGGGUGAGAAUGGUUACAUGAGGGUGCUCAGAGAAAGUGAUGAAACUGGAGGUCAAUGUGGCAUUGCUAUGCAUGCUUAUUACCCAAUUAUAUACUAGUUUUAUCAUAUUAGUUCUUGUUGUGUCGUUGUAAUAAGUUUCCUAUUAUUAUGUUCUUAGUUUCCUUUCCCUAAAGCACUUGGUUGGCUUCUUAGUGCUUAAUAUACUACUGUAUUGAAACUCUUUCUAGUUACACAGUAGAAAUAAAUUGAAAGAGCGGAUAUCGCACAAAAUACUUACGAUCUCUCAAAUCACAAAGUCUUUUAAGAAUCCUAUCAAUUACCAUAUUCUAAAUGGAAAGUCUUCUAGAAUUAUUACCAA